AUGGCAACAUCGUCAACAUUCGAAGCAUCUUUGGCCAUCACACACAUAGGAACAGCAACAGCACUAAUUGAGCUGGGUGAUGUCACAUUGAUUACGGAUCCGUACCUAUCACCUGCCGGGUCCUCAAGGGAUGUGGCGCCAGGUGUAUCGCUGACCAGCCAUUACACCCCGUCCCGGACUCUUGAAACGCUACCGCCAAUUGACGCUGUGCUCCUGAGCCAUGAGGACCACCCAGACAACCUCGACAGUCUUGGCAGGCGCCUGCUUGACGGCCGAAGGGUGCUGACUACAACUGACGGUGCUCGAAAACUUGGUCCAAGACCAGGAGUGCGCGGCAUGAAACCUUGGGAAAUCGUCGAAUUGAGUAUCGCAAGGAAGCGGUUUCAAGUGACAGCAACCCCAUGCCAGCAUUUGCCAGGUGGUGAAUGCAUUGGCUUUAUACUCAGUUCGCCCGACUUUGGGACUACACAUGGUCUGCCUAACGCCAUCUACUUCUCUGGAGAUACGGUCUACACAGAGGAGCUAGCUCAGAUUCGUACCAGAUUCCACAUUUCCGUGGCGUUGCUCAAUAUUGGCGCUGCAGUAGCAGAACUGCCUGGUGAGGCUGAACCGAUCCUAAUCACCAUGGACGGCAAACAAGCAGCUCAGUUAUCCCGUGACAUUGAGGCCGAUAUAUUGAUACCCAUGCACUUCGAAUCAUGGGAUCACUUCACAGAGGGUAAGGCAAAGCUAUUAGAAGCAUUUAAGGAGGAAGGCAUCAUCGAGAAGGUGCUAUGGUUGGAGCCCGGGACCAAGACCAAGGUUUUUUAG